CAUUAAAUUGUUCAUCUUUUUCUAAUUGCUGCGUUGAAGACAGUCGAAAACGGGCCAAAAAGCCUAGGUCAUGUAAUAUGCGCCUACACGAAAUGUUUAGCUGAGGUUCAGAAUAAAAUAUGUAUUUAAAAAAACGGGUAUCUAUCCUAAAUGAGAUAAUUAAAAUCACGUAAAACCUAUUCGUUUAUCGCAUCCUCAAACGAUAUUCCUGCAGUUGUAGUAUACCAGCCGCGGCGGAGACACGUGUUGAGCAACAAAGUUUGAAGAAUAAAUAAAGCAAUCUUAUAAUCAAAACUCGAAACAAACAUGAUUUAUUUUAAAGCGAUCUUCGGUGUGGUCUCUCUGGUUUUGGCUGUGGCGACGAGAACUGUACAAGCAGCAUUGACGUCUCCGUGUCCUGAGUAUUUCACUUACGAGACAUCCCCAUCGACACCAGAUCGGUGGCAUGGCGUAUUAGUGCUGCCUCCUGAAAUGGUCGAAGACUACUUAUGGAUUUACAUCGCAUUGAAUCGCAAAAUUCAUGUGUUUGGCAGUGACAGCGGGACUACCUCGACCGAAAACUUUCAAGAAUUCUUAAUCGAUAAAAAAAAAUAUUUCAACUUUGAUAGUGCAAAGAGUGAAGAAACUAUAAGGUUUGUUACGUCCUACGAUUAUGCCCAGCCGAUACCGCGCGUCAAGAUUAUAAGAGUCAAUGGACGCGAAAUAUGCAGAGACAAUAAUACGACACAAGUCGGAAACGAGAUAAGCUUUCCGACGCGCCCAGAGCUUCCGAAUAUGCUGCUUAUAUCAAAAUUGAAUGCAACCGGCUAUACUCCCGAGUUUUUGUCAAUUUUCCAAAACUCAACCUCUGGAGUUGCGCGAUAAAGUGCAUUUUCGACUUUAAAUACUUGAACUGUGUAUUAUUAUUAUUAACUAACGUUGCAUUAAACAAUAAAAUUUGGUACAUACUUCA